AUGUUCAAAAGAAUUAACCUUCUUCGUGGCGGAGGCGUGCAACUGCUCCCCUCGACGGCUACCUUGCCACUCUCACAUCUCAACACGAAUAUUUCUCCAACCCAUGAAUUGCAGGCACCUUACAAGAACAGGAGCUAUGCCACUGCGUCACAUUUCCCCCAUCAGGACUACUCAUGGCCCAGUACUCGAUCUUUUACCCCUUAUGACGUCUUGAAUUUACCCCGCGACGGUCCGUAUUCGAAAAGACAUUACUAUGACCUCGUGAAGAUCUAUCAUCCCGACCGACCGUUCAAAGAUCACCCACUCUUCCAUCAGUUGACCCCUGAGAAUCGAUUACACCGCUAUCGAAUUGUGGUUGAAGCCCAUGAAAUCCUUUCCAAUCCCAUCAAACGGGCUGCAUAUGAUCGAAAUGGCACUGGGUGGAACCACACGUUACUAGAGGAUAAAAUAGACUGGGAGUCGCGGGGACCAAAUAUCUAUGCGAACGCUACAUGGGAAGAUUGGGAGCAGUGGCAUAAUCGCCAUCAGGGACCGCAGCAACACGUUGUCGACCAGCGAACCUUCUCCCGGCUUGUGAUUCUCCUGGUACUGUUUGCGGGCGCCCUUCAAGCAUCCUGGAUUGGGCAAAUGAAUACUAGUGUCCAGGAUCGACUGCGUGAAGUCAACGAAAAGUCAUCGCGUUUCCUACAUAAUCGCCAAGAAAACACCGUCAAACAGAUGGACUCAAACGAUGCGCGCGUGAAGGGCUUCCUCAUUCGGAGAGACCCCACGGGCUCUGGUCUCAAGGGUAACGAGCAACCAAUCUAUCAAGAGGAGCUCAACCCUCGUCGUGCCUUGGAUAAAUCCUUCCAGGCUAGUGAUAAAAACAUCACUGAGCCCGCACAGCCAGUGGAAGCGCACGCAGAAAGCCUAGAACACUCUCCCAACGCAAUUUAG